AUGAAGUAGGAAUUUGUUUUGAAAAUCACAGUGAAUUAAACUGAACAAUAGACAAUAACCUAGCUGUCAUUUUCAGAAUGCAAUGUCAUGAAAUGCUACUUUCUUCAGGGUGUGUGAAAAUGUUACAUUCCCAUUCUGGUUUACACUUCAUGCACAUACAUCAUUUUAACAUUGAUAUGUCUCUUACACUGGCUUGCAGAUAGCUGCCUUAUGUGAUCCUUAUUGCCUGCUUUUCUUUGCAUAACAUCAUGACUUUGUGGCUGUAUUAGUUCGAAUAAACGCCUUCUCAUUUUAUUUUAGCUGAUUAUUUCUGAUUAUAGUUCUUGUAUAUAUAUAUUUUAAAUAGUUAAUUCUCCAAAAAUAUAAUAAUUUAAUCUACAAUCAAAAGGAUCAGAAAGGGCGUUUAUUCCACUCUCUGCAAGUCAGGUAAGAUUUUCCUCUUAGCCAUCAAAAGAACAAGGUUUUCCUGCUCUCAAAACAAAUAUGCACAGGAACAUGUUAUUUUGAAAUGCAUUUUUGCUUGUUCAAGAAGAAAUUUCAGCAGUUUGAAGAAAAGACCAGACAACGAACGAUUUUCGUGUCAGAAUCUUUUAAACAGAGCAUGGUGUUGCGUUUAUUCGAACAAAUAUGAAUUGUCCUCUGAGGAAGAAUCUGAACAUUCAGAUCGAGAUGCCCGGGAUGCCUUCUCAGAUUCUGAACAUCUAGACCACAGCUCCAUGGCUGCUAAAAGAUAUGCGAGUAGAAUAUCAUCUACAAGCUCCUGGCCUGAAUAUUUCAAGCCUUCUUUUACCCAAAAACUUACAUUUAAAUAUGUUUUAGAGGGCGAACCUGUUGUCUUUACAUGUAGAUUAAUUGCCUGUCCAACUCCAGAAAUGACUUGGUUUCAUAACAAUCGACCUAUCCCAGCAGGCCUUCGUCGGGUUAUAAAAACAGAGAGUGAUUUACAUCAUCACUCUUCCAGCUUAGAGGUGAAAAGGGUCCAAGACAGAGAUUCUGGAAGUUACAGAUUAUUAGCAAUUAAUAGUGAAGGGUCUGCUGAAUCAACUGCCUCGUUGCUUGUUAUUCAGAGAGGGCAAGAUGAGAAAUAUUUAGAAUUUCUGAAAAGGGCAGAACAGACACAUGAAAAUAUGGAGGCUUUGGCUGAAAGUAGAGAAGAUAGGAUAACAGUUGACCUGAGGUUUACUGGCUCUCCCUUUAACAAGAAACAAGACGUGGAGCAACAGGGAAUAAGGCGAACUAUACACUUUAAGACAGUAAGUCCUGGCAAGAGAACAACCUUAAUGUAUGGUGAAGAAUAUUUAGAAAGUAAAUCUGACAUAAGGGGAUGGCUGAAUGUGGGUGAAAGUUUCCUGGACGAGGAGACCAAAAUGAAGUUGCAACGUUUACGGGAGGCUAGAAAAAUUUUAAUGGAGAAAAGGAAAUUGUCUCUGUUGGAGAUGUCAUCUGAAAUAAGCUCAAGAACUCUGAGAAGUGAAGAUAGUGGUACGGACGUGGUGUUCUCUAGAGAGGAAAUACAAAGCAGGUCUGUAGCUGAUCUAGCUGAUGAUAAUGACAAGGCAGAUAGUUCAGCUGAAGGUGUUGUCCAAGAUCCACACAUCCUGCCUAAUCUAAUGGAUCAAAAUGUAGACUCUGGAGAACCUCCCACCAGCUUUCAGACCACUGUUGAUGAGGAAAUUCUACAGACUGAAAUGAGAAUGAGCCAUGAGGCAUUUCUAAGAGAAGACCUGUCAACAGGCCAUUUAUAUGGUAAGAGUCCAGUAAAUGAGAAUAUCCAAGCAAGAGAACAACUUGAUGAAGUGAUGACCAAAACUGACCUUGUAGGGCCAUCUAAAGAUCUCAUGGAUGUAAGUCAGAACGAGGAAAUAUAUGAGACCCCAGAAAAGGUGCCUCAAGUUAUUAUGCCAUAUACCAGUGACUCUUUUGAUACAAUCAUAACUAUUAAAGAAAAUGAAGAGCUAGAUAGUAAAAGAAUUAGACAAGAUGAUUUGAGAGAAUUGGAACACCCCAUUUCCACAAAAGUUGAUGAAUUCAUAACUGAACAGGAAGACAAAACCACAAGAUUUUUUGAAAGUUCUUUCCAAAACCGUCCACAACGUUGCCCACCUUCAUUUCUUCAAGAAAUUGAAUCUCAAGAGGUUUAUGAAGGUGACAGUUGCGAAUUUGUGUGUCAUUUUCAAGGCUAUCCCCCACCCAUAGUGACAUGGUAUAACAAUGAUAUACCAAUCCCACGUAAUCAAGGCUUUAUCACUCAUACCUUUGAGAACUAUUCCACUUUAACUUUUUCUUCCGUUCUUCCUCAAAAUGAAGGUUCUAUUACCUGUGUGCUGUUUAACCAAUAUGGAACAGUAAAGACAGCUGGUACCCUUGUAGUGAAAGCAAAACAAAGGCAUGAUGUCGGAGCACAUAGAGUCCCCGUGUUGCACGACUACACUGAUGAGGAAGAAGAGCUGAUGUUGGUAUUUGAUCAAGCAAAAACCGUUCAUCCAUCCUUGAGACAAGAGGAUGUGUUAAGGACUAACCCACCAGCUCCUCUCUCUGCAGAUGUAGAAUUGCUUUCGUUUCCAGUAGAAAUUCAGAUAACAGCAGCUACUCCUACCCCAGAACAAGAUAAAGAGUCAAGAGAAUUAUUUCAACUCGAGGAGGUGGCGCCCAAGGCAACACCUCAGUCACCAAAACACAAGUUUAUAUUUUCGUCUGACAUUACUAAUGAGCCGCCAGAACUCUUACAAGAAAUGCCAAAGCAUGCCAGGUGUAGAGAAGGAGAGUCCAUAGUCCUUGAGUGUUUACUGUCCGGUGAGCCUAAACCAGUCGUGACGUGGUUUCAAAAUGGAGUCCUUUUAAAGCAGAACCAGAAGUUUCAGUUUGAAGAAGUUAAUUGCAGCCACAGGUUAUAUAUUCAUGACGUUCAUUCUCAAGAUUCUGGAAAAUAUAAGUGUGUUGCUGAAAACAAUUCUGGAACAGUUGAGAGUGUUUCAGAGCUAACAGUGGAACCUGUCACUCACAGGGAAUAUACUCAAUUAGAAAAUAUGGGUAGAAUUUCUGCCAGAUAUUCUGAAGAUCAACAAAUUCCAGGAGAAUCUGUAAGAGCACAUUUUUAUGAUUAUCCAGCUGGUCCUUUUACUCCCCAAUCCAAUAUAAAAGAAUAUUCCGUAAGAGAAUAUUUUCAAAGCCUUGAGACAGUUGAACAGAUAGACCAGAAAGGUCAAGUUUCUUGUACAUCUUCCAGAGAAAAACUACCCCUAUUUGUGCAAGGUGUCUCUAGAUCUGUAAGAAUCAACAAACCUAUCAGAGCUGAACUCAUACGAUGUCAGGAUGAAGAGAAAGAGGAACAUGUAAAUGAAAAAUCAAAACUAUACCAAGCAGAGGGGACUGUUUAUCCAUUUCAUGAUGAUUUUGGUGACGUUAAAAUUAGGAAAGAGGUUAGAAAUGAUUUUGGAGAACUCAGUGAACCAGAAAGGGGAAGUGUGCAAGAAUAUGCCCAAAGUGACUAUUUGUCGAAUAUCCCUCCUGAGAGAACCUCUGAUAGUUACAAUACCAAAGAAUCGUCCAUCAUUGUAUAUGAAGAGCCUUUUGGUGAGGAGAGAUACUACCCAGGAAAGAAGGUGAAGCAUAGGAUCAUUGCAUUUGAAAAAUUACAACACGUGGAAAAAGGAUUUCUAGAAAAAAGACCUACCAAGAAAUCAUUUGUGAAUCCUCCUCCAAAGAAGCUCGAUGACAAAGACUUUUCAUUAAAGCAAAAUGAAUCAAGAUUGAGUAACCUAGACACAAAUAUGUAUCAGGCAGAGGAAGUGUCUCCAAACGCUGAACCAGAUUCAUCUAAUGUGAUGAAUUUAAGACUGCUUUCUUCUCAGACUCAUAAGGAAUUUGAAGUACAAGAGAGGGAACAGAGGGAAAUAGGUCUUCUAGAUCAAUCUGCAGUUUCUGAAAGAGCUGAACAGGAAGCACCUGUUACAAUUGACUUAAAGCACCAUGAUGCUCAAAUAGAAAAUGCAGAUACAAAAUUUCAAGAAUUAGAUAGUGAUCAACCAGAGGAAGCUUAUUUGAAAACUCAGCAUCCUGCUUCUGAAACAAUGGAUGCUGAGAACAUUGUAUUUGUGCUAAAACAAAUGUAUUCUCAUUUAGGAGAUCCUGCUAAGGAGUUUCAAGAGCCAGAAACUAGGCAUCAGCAGGAAACACCAUAUAAAGAGGAAGUUGUUAGCACUGAAGCAUUACCAUCCGAUACACAGAAUACCUCUCAAAGAGUGCCAAGUAACAUAUUUGCUAAGCCAGAGAUUUCUUCCAGUAAGGAGUUUUCAGAUAGGAUCAUGACGGAGAAAAGUGGUAGUGAUGAAAAUGCCUUUGAUUCGGAGAAGGAAGUCCAACAGAUACAGAAACAAAAUUUAGAAAUUUUAAAUACUAUGUCUCUUAAAACGUUUUCAGAAGAGAUCCGUAGUGAAUCAUGUGCCCAACUUCAGACCUCUUCUGCAGAUGGAGGAGAAACAGAUAUAUCUGAGAAAAAUGGAGAUGGAAGUUUCAUUUCACAUUUGAAAAAAGCAGCAAGUGAGGAAAAGCUUUUGGAGGUUUGUGAAAUGGAGAAAGAAAAUACUUUGGAACCAGAGUUGGCAUCAUUUCAAAAGCACUAUCAAGGGACUCAGGGCUAUGUCACUGGAAUCUGGGGAGACCACAUAGGUGAAGUUCAGGAAGCAGACACGCUCCACAGCAAAGUCUCCCUCAGUCAGUGCUCUCCAUUCUCGAUGACUGAGGAACAGCAGAAGCCGAGUGAACAAAUUAGUGAAAAAAUGGAUGCCUAUGGAGAAGAAAAAUGUUACGAGGAAGUUCAGGUUCAAAAUGAAACCUCUUUCUCCACUAUGGAAAGAGAAAAGAUAGAAACUGGUUUUUCUGAAAAUCUUCCUAAAUUGGAUGAGGCACAUACAAUGGAAGUAGCGGAAUCUGAGCCCUCCCUAACACAAUACUUACUUACUGCUGGAAAGCAUGAAGUUCCUGAGACUAGAGGCAUCAAACCCAAGGCAGAACUUGUCCAGAGUGAAUUGAUCACAUCAAUGGAGGUUGAAGAAGUAACUUUCAACACUGUGUAUGAGUAUUACAACCAACAACAGGAAUCACUAGGUCGCCCUUUUUCUCCGGAAUCUGAUGUUUCGAUUGAUGUGGCAAGUACAAGCAGUGAAGACAUUUCUGAGCUAGAUCAGUUUUACACCCCACCAUCCUCCGUUGAACAUUUUGAAACUCCAAAAUCUCCUGAUUUAUAUUUCACUCCUUCAGAUACAACUAAAAAACCCUCCACAAGCGGAGGUGAGACUAUUGAAAGAACCACACCUUUAGAGGAGGCUGCUGAAAGGUACUCGACACCUUCCGAAGGUGAGGUAGCAGAAAGAUAUUCCACACCUGCGGGAGAGACACUGGAAAGAUAUUCCACACCCCUAGGAGAGACUCUAGAGAGAUACUCCACACCCCCAGGAGAGACACUAGAGAGAUAUUCCACACCCCCAGGAGAGACUCUAGAGAGAUAUUCCACACCCCCAGGAGAGAUAGAGAGAUAUUCCACACCCCCAGGGGAGACACGAGAGAGAGAUUCUACACUUUUAGGAGGAGAAACAGUUGAAAGAUACUCUAUUCCUACUGGAGGACCAAACCUUGCUGAAAACUUUAAAAGGUACCCUUCAAAAAUAGAAAGGGAGGACAGUCCAUCAAGUGAGCAUUUCCAGACACCUACAGAAGAAAGAAGCUCAGCUUAUGAAAUGUGGCGUUCGGAUUCAUUUGGCACGCCCAGUGAAGCCAUUGAACCAAAAGACAAUGAAAUGCCUCCAUCUUUUAUCGAACCUCUGACCAAACGGAAGAUCUAUGAAAACACAACCUUGGGCUUCAUUGUUGAAGUUGAGGGCCUUCCAGUUCCUGGUGUGAAAUGGUAUCGAAAUAAAUCGUUGCUCGAGCCAGAUGAGAGGAUCAAAAUAGAAAGGGUGGGGAAUGUGUGUUCUUUGGAAAUUGCUAACAUUCAAAAAGGAGAUGGGGGAGAGUAUAUGUGCCAUGCUGUAAACAUCAUAGGGGAAGCAAAGAGCUUUGCGAAUGUCGAUGUAGUGCCCCCGAAAGAAAGAGCAGUGGCACUCCCACCUCCAGUAACACAUCAGCAUGUCAUGGAGUUUGAUUUGGAAAACACUGCAUCAUCAAGGACACCCUCCCCUCAAGAAAUUGUCCUAGAAGUUGAAUUGAGUGAAAAAGACGUUAAAGAAUUUGAGAAGCAAGUGAAGAUAGUCACAGUUCCCGAAUUUACUUCCGAUCAUAAAAGCAUGAUUGUGAGUCUAGAUGUUCUUCCAUUGAACUUAGCAGAUCCAGCUAUGGUGUCAAGGGAAGAAGAAGACAAAGACUUAAAAAUUGACUUAGAAGUGUUCGAAAUGCCUCCUCGCUUUAUAAUGCCUAUUUGUGAUUUUAAAAUUCCAGAAAAUUCAGAUGCUGUGUUCAAAUGUUCAGUCAUAGGUGUCCCUACUCCUGAAGUUAAAUGGUAUAAAGAAUAUAUGUGUAUUGAGCCAGAUGACAUUAAAUAUGCAAUGAGUGAGGAGAAUGGAAGUCAUACCCUUAAAAUUCGCAACGUCUGUCUUUCUGACAGUGCAACAUACAGAUGCAGAGCUGUGAAUUGUGUAGGGGAGGCAAUCUGUCGGGGAUUCCUCACCAUGGGAGAUUCUGAGAUGUUUGCUCUGAUGUCAAAGAAAAGUAAAGUGACUUUAAGCAGUUUGAAGGAAGAAUUAGUCUUAAAGAGCAAAUAUGCAGACAGCUUUUUUGAAUUUCAGGUGGUGGAGGGACCUCCCAGGUUUAUCAAAGGAAUUUCUGACUGUUGUGCACCAUUAGGAACAGCAGCGUAUUUCCAGUGUUUAGUCCGUGGCUCUCCGAGGCCCACGGUUUACUGGUACAAAGAUGGGAAACUGGUACAAGGAUCAAGGUUCAGUGCGGAGGAAAGUGGCAUAGGGUUCCACAACCUGUUCAUUACAAGCUUAGUGAAAGAUGACGAAGGUGAGUACAGGUGUGUAGCGACAAACAAGUCAGGAAUGGCGGAGACCUGUGCAGUGCUCACCCUGACUUAAAGUUCCUGGUGCAAGGUGUUAGUGCCUCUGGAAUGAUGAGAAUCAAUCUGAGUGCUCUCACAUUUUCCAAAUAUAAUAAUUUCCAAAUAGGUCUACUUUGUUUAAACACGUCACAUUGAAAACCCCCCUGGGAAAAUAGUUUCUUUAUGUGGAAAUCUCUUGUUCGUAAUGCAUGUAAAUAUUCUGUCAUCUAAACUGUGGAAUCAUCACCUGUGUCAAUUCUGCUGUGAAUCAUCAAAUACAAUUAAACAUCUCCUUGGCUACCUA